UUGAACCUUUGAUAUUUAAGAUUUAAAAUGAUGCUAAGUACUUCAAAGUCAGCUCUGGUCGAUGUAUUACGUGAGCGGUUACGUCACGCAAAUGACGUAGGUAGUCAACAGAGUUACGUUCCACUGGAAGAGCGAACCUCAGAUUCAGAUGGCGACCGGAAAUCUGACUCCACUCCUCCGCCUUUCCUUGCUGCCUCUCCGACAUCGUCUUUCGGACUCAGCUCCCCGGGAAGACGAGCAUCGGAUCCCCGCAAACGAAGCCCCGAAACCCCGAUCCACCAGAAAUCAGACUCAACAGAAAACGUCCCGAAACGAGCCAAGUUUUCAAUCGAUUCACUUCUGGCGUCUGACUCCAAACCUCCAACCGAGCGAUCCAGAAAUGCUCAUGAACUCUACUUCAACGAAUGGAAUCGUACAGAAAGAGGAACCCCCAACUACCAAUACAGCCCUUCCAAACAAACCCCAAGAUUCCUCUCAAACUUCCACCCAUCCCAACAAACCGAAAUAAAAAAUGAAACCUCUGCUGAAACCAACACAAGCGACACUCAACCCCCAGUGUUGCCGCGCAGCCAUAUUUAUCCCUACUUUCCUAUCAACCCAUUCCAAAACGGCAUGACUAGCAUGCAGAACUUGAAUUCUCCAUCUCAGACCGCUCCUCUUGCUCCCUCCUCCCCCUCCUCCCUCUCUCCAAUCUCAUCCACGUCAUCCUCCCCAAAACCCUCCAUUGGGGGAACUCCGCUCCUGGAAGAACCAAGAUCACCCACAUCUUCCAACCUUCAAGACUUCAGACACGACGCCCCAUCACUUGGUAUCUACCCCGGGGCUUUCCCUCACCCCAUGCAAAUGCAUCAGGGUUUUCCUCAUACGAUGGGGGCUCGUUUACCCAGCUUGCCUUUCGCGGCUCCGUUCGGUGGCCAACCCUUCCGUCCUCCAUUCAACAUCAACUCCUUCCCACUCUCAUGGCUGAGGAACGACGCGGUCCUCAGGAGCUUGACAGAAUUCGCCGCCCACCCUGGUUUAAUGAACCGAUCCCGACGUCCUCGUACAGCUUUCACCUCCCAGCAACUGCUUGAACUUGAACGACAAUUCAAACUGAACAAGUAUUUGUCACGACCAAAGAGAUUUGAAGUUGCCACCACGCUUCAAUUAACCGAGACCCAGGUCAAAAUCUGGUUUCAAAACCGCAGAAUGAAAUGGAAGCGAAGCAAGAAAUCCAGAAGCUCAGGUUCAUCGUCGAGCCCGACUAAGGAGCAGUAACAUUAACAUUUCUUUUACUCUUGUGAAGUUCAAAAUAUCCGAAAAUUUCCGAAGUUUCCCGAAGAAGGAAAUAGGCAGCUUUUGUGACAUGAACAGUAUCAUUUGGUGUUUCAAACUUUCUUUAGAAUGUUAUAAGUCUGCUAUAUGGUUGUAUUUCACUGUGUUCAGUGUACACAGGAACUUGUCUUUUUUUCUGACGCUACUUUUCUCAUUCUGGUUUUUCUCUCGAUAAUUAUUUAUUGCAGUAAUAUAUCGUUGUAAUUAUUUACAAUAAACGCAAAAA